AUGAUCCAAGAAAAUUAAGAAUUACAAUUUAAUGGACAGAUUAUUGAAAUAAAGGAAUUAAUAAAUUAGAUGGGGACAAUAAAACUAUAUUAGGGUAAUUUAAAAACAAUUGAAUAAAAUAUUCUAAUAAUUGAAGUUGAUAAAAAUUUUUAAAUUAAAGAAUAACUUAAGCUUUUAGUUUAUGAUAUUGAUCUUAUUGAAUUUUAUAAGGAAAAACUCUAAAAUGUUUUUUUAAAAACUUCAAAUGAUCAAAUUAUAAAAUUGAAUUAGUAUUAAAUAUAUUCUUGGGAGGAUUAUUUUAAAUUGUAAGAAUUCAAAUUCUUGCCUAUAUAAUCAAAACACAAAUUAUUUCUUAAAGUAUUCAUAAUUUUUAUAUAUGUUAGUAUUGUAAAAAAUAAAUUUAUUAAUAAACAUUUGACCUUUGUAUAUUUUAAUAGAAUUAGUUAGGAUGUGUUUAAAUUAAAUCAUUAAGUCAAAGAUUAUUUAGAAUAAAUGAUUGGAUUAAUUAACUAGAUAUUGAUUUUAACUAAGAAUAUUCAUAAAUUGAGAUCUAAUAAACCAAAAACUUUGGGUUGGUUUAUUUUCGAAUGUUGACUGAUAUUGAUGUUGAAUGUAUCAUUAUUUAUUAUUAAUUUUAGAAUUAAACCUAAUGUCAUUAGACUAAAGAAUAUAAUUGAUUCAAGAUUCUCCACUUUAUGAAUGGUAGAAAUUAAUGAUAAUUAAUUUUCUAAAUCUCAAAUUUGAUCAAUAAUUCACAAAAUAGUAAAAGCAUCUUAUAACAUUAAUAAAGUAAGAUUAUUUCGAUGUUGAUAUUGAUAUUUAAAAAGCUGAAUUAAACUUGUAAAAAAUCAAUGAUUAAAUAAAUUCUGGAUAAAAAAAUAAUUAAUGGAUCGAUAUUAUCUUUUAAUACUUACUGUAAUAAUCAUAGAUUCAAGCCAUAUUAAAUUAUCUUUAUUAUCAUAUCAAUAAAGAGAAAAGCAAUCAUAAAAUAUUUUAAGAAUAUGUAAAAGUUAAUAAAUUUAAUUCUGAAUUCUAUAAUAAUCUUAUAAAUACUAUCAAAACAUAAAAUGAUUAAAAUGUGAAUAUGUUAAAAUUACAAUUAAAUGAACUUAACAAUUAAUAUCAUUAAUUGCAUUUGAAUUUUUAAAAUAAUUUUUUUGAGAAUUUAAUAAUUAUUCAUAAAAAACUUUAAUUAAAAUUAGAUAAAUUUUAUGGACCAUCCUAAUUUUUAGGAUAAUUUGGAGCUUUAAAAAUUGGUUUUUUUUCCAAACUAUAAAAUUAAAACAAGAGUUAAAUAGAGAAAUUAUAAUAAUAAAUGAAAAAUUAAAUUUAAUUUAAUUCUAUUUUAAAUUUUAAUGAAUCUCUUGAUAAUUUUUAGAAAAAUAGUGGAAUUAUUAAGGCUGAAUAUUAAAGUUAUUAGACUUAAUUGGUAAAUUGUUUAAUAUAAAUCUAAUAAUUAUUAGAAACAAACUUAAUUUUGAUAUAAAAAGAAUUUUAAAAAAUUAAUUUAAAAUAUUUGAUGAUAAUUUUAGAUGAAUCUAGUUAAUUUUCUUUGGUAUAAUCUUUAUUGGAAAAAUAAUAAUAUAUUAAAGAAACAUUAGAUGAAUUACUAAAGUAGAAACUUAAUUUUAUUUAUAAAAAAAAUGGCAAAAAAAUUGAUAUAAUGAAAACAAGUGAAUAAUUUGAGGAAUCAGAAUGCAUAAUUAGAGGAUUUCAUUAAAUUAUUGAAGAGUUUCAUGGAGAAUUAAUUUAAUUUGAAGAAGAGAAUAGCCCAGAGAUUUUUAAUAAUGUAAAUUUAUUAAGAAUUUAUAAUUAAGAAAAGUUAUAAGAAUUGUAAGAGGAAUUUAAUUCUCAUAUUUAGUCUAUAAAAUUUUUAAUGAAUGAAUUGUUUAAGAACAUGAAGAUUGUAGACAAUUAAAUGUUAAAUUAGUUUUAAAAUAGAAUAGAAGAAGUAGCCAAAAAAUAAAAUUAAAGAUUUUGUAUAAUCAAAGAACUUUUAUAAUAAAGUUAGAUUCAAAGAUUAUAUUAGAAUAAUGUUUCUAAAAAAAUUGAAGAAGAGAGAAAGAUUAUUAAUAUCUAUAUCUUUAAAGAAUUGUAAAUGCUUAUUGAGUUAUACAACAGUAAUAUUAAUGGAGAGAAUUAAGAAUAAAAUAAAUAAAUGAUAGAUAUUGAGUUUAUGAUUUUAAAAACUCUAUAUAAUGUUGUAUAGUAUCAUUUGAUGAAAGAAAAACAAAAUAUUAAAUAAAAAUUUUAAAAUAUAGAAAUCGCAUUUUCUGAAUAAAAAGCUCUCAUAAAAUAAAUAGAAAUAUUAUCUUAAGAGAAUUAUGAAAUAAUUUUAUAUUAAGAAAAUAGGAAUAUGAAGGGAAAGAAGGUUUUUAAUAAUUUCCUUAAGAAAAUUAAAGAGAGUUUUGAGGAAAAAAAAAAAAGUUUUUAAGAAUUUAGUAAUUUUUUAAAGGAAAAGAAAGCUGAGAUAAAUUUAAAAUAAGACGAGGAGAGAUUGUGUUUUUUAAUUGAAUAAUAUGAGAGUGAAAUAAGUAAAGAUUUUUAAGAAAUUUAAAAUCAAAAUAAUAAUGAAAAGACAGGCUAAGAAAAGCAAGUGGAAUAUGAAUAAUUAAGAAAUAAAUUACAAUAUAUUUGUUAAGAAAUACUAAUAAAAGGGAAAUAGAUAUGUUUGGAUGCAUAAGGAUAUUAUCAAUAAUUAAUAUUAAUAAUAUUGAGUAAAUUUUAUCAUAUGAAAAGAUAUUAUCAAAGAUUAAUAUAAUUUAAUGAUGCUACAAAAAACAAAUAAAUAAAGUAAGAGGAUAUAGAAUUAAUAAAUUCUUAAAAAGAUGAAUUUAUUUAAUUAGAGAGCAAAGUAGAUUAUUAUAGAAAUGUAAUAUUUCAGAAUCAUUGUUAAAAGGUUUAUAUUGAAAAUUUGCAUGAUGAACUAGAUGAUUUGGAUAAGUAAAUAGAAUAAAAGAAAACUUAUUUUUAGUUUGUAAUUUAAUACAGAAAUGAAAGUAACCUAAAACAAUAUAUUAAAUAAAAAAUAACAGUUGAUUAAAUUCAGAAGUUUUCAAAUUACUUAGAAUUUUCUAAACUUUUACCUUUUCAGUUAAUAUUAUAGAACUCUAUAUGA